AGUACCCCUAGGAUCAUAGCAAAAUGUAAUGCAUUGUGUAUGAAUGCCCCUGGACCUCCCCCUCGAACUAGUAGAACAGAUCCUCCGCCGGCUCCCCCUCCGGGACCUAGUCCACCUCUCCUCCCUCUCCUCCUCCUUCCAUGACCUGGUCCACAACUCCCGCCUCCUCUGGACGCACCACCUCAAGGCGAGCAACCUCCUGGUGCUCUCCUCUGAUGCUCCUGGAUGUGUUAAUAAUCUAGAGAAGUUUAAAGGUCGGUAUCUGUGUGUUAGAGAGCUAGAGGAGCACCUGGAGAACCUAUCACACCAGCACAUCCACAACACUAUAGUGGAGAUAGACCUGGACCAGGACCCCAUAGUCUCCUGUCUCCUGUCUCCUGACCUAAGGGAGAUCACCCACAGACACCUUUCCAACUCCCUCCUCUCCUCCAACAAGUUCACUUCCCUCACCUCCAAACUGUACUCCCGGCACCUGCUGGUAGCCCUGACUCAGGCAGGUAUUAUCAGGGAGCUGAUGAAGUGUGUUCCUACAGAGCCCGGAGCAGUGUUCCAGGGUAGUCUGCUUAUCUCCCGGUGGGUGGGGGCGUGUCUGGGCGAGCUCAGUAUCAUCCACUCUGUGCAGCCUACCGAGUGUAUUCCAGUGCAUCAGACUGUUGAGGACAUUGUUAACCAGUGCCGAGCUCGGCUCACUCCAGCAUCAAACAUUGAGGAGGUUCUAGGGGUCAUCAACAGAGUUCUUUAUCAAGAUUUCGGACUGAGAAAGAACGCUGAUAAUUACUAUGAUUUUGAGAAUAACCGGAUAGAUAAGGUGCUGUAUAAGAAGACAGGUAUUCCAAUAACAAUAGCUAUCUUAUACCACGAGGUGGCCACUAGACUGGGACUCUCCCUCUCCCUAAUCAACUUCCCUCGACACUUCCUCCUCUCCUUCCAGGGCACCAGUGGAGACACCAUGUAUAUAGACUGUUUUAACGAGGGUGACAUCCUGUCCCGGACCCAGUGUCUCCAGCUGUGUCCAAUGUCUAAUAUUGCUGAUAAGGACUAUUACUUCCAGCCUACUACAUGUCUUCAGGUCCUCUCCCGGCUUGUUAGAAAUGUUAUAGCUUUCGGUCAGAUUGUUCCCAUUCACCACAACAGAGCCUUCUUCGCUCUGAACCUCUACAAGAUAAUGUCUUAUCUAGCUCCAGAGGAUUACGAUUCAGCAGUGCAUGCCAUGAACUUUUCUCUAGAUCUCCGUAUCAAGUGUACCUUCCUGCAGAAGUUUACGUGUAUAGAGCCGGACGUGUGGUCUAAGUACUGCAGGAGGGUAGGACAAGCAGCCGAGUCUCUGAAGGAGCACCUCAGUGUGAAGCGCAGCAAGCCUGACAGAGUGUUGUUCAAGAUAGGGAGUGUGAUGCUGCACGUGCGCUACAACUACACGUGCGUUGUGUACGGGUGGGAUGAGUGUUGUAUGAUGGGAGAGCAGUGGCAGGAGAGGAUGGGGAUAUCCCAGUUAGAUCACCAGGCGAGUCAGCCUUACUACAAGGUUCUGGCUGAGGAUGAUAGUGAGAGGUACGUGGCCCAGGAGAACUUGCUGGAGACUCGGAGCGUGUUUAUCUCUCACAGAGAUGUGGGAAAGUAUUUCUCAAUGUACGAUGGGGAGAGGUUCGUGCCUAACGCUGCUUUGAGGAGUAUUUACACUUAUCUGGGUAACGACUGAACCUGCUGAGAAGUAUGAGAGAGGGUCACGUGGGUUUUUGUAUAUUGGCGAUGUGUUACACGUGCUUGAAAUUGAUUUUUGUAAACUUGGAGGAUGUUACCAUGGUUACGCGGGAGUUUGUCCAGAAUUAUUUUCAGUGCAAAAUAUUCGAGUAAUUACAACGUGUAAUGCGUAUAAGAUUCCUUUAAUUUGUGUUAACAUUAGAUUUUGGGAAAGCUCUUUUAAUGAUUUAUUUAACACAAUUAAGUAAAACUUUGUGAAGUGUGGGAGUUCAUUUUGACCCCAAAUGAUACUACUUUGAACUUUUAUUAACUCCCUACUGGGAAUGAUCGCAACAAUUUUCACAUCUUAAAACAUACUAUUUAAAUUUGAUUACUUAUAAUUAUGUAGUAAAAUUAUUUGAAUUUUUCAACCCAGUCACUUCUUCAUUUCAAAGCUUA